UCCUUUUUUCUUUUAAGCCUACCUUUCUUUUUCUUUUAAGCCUACCUUUCUUUUUCUUUUAAGCCUACCUUUCUCUUUCCGAUUUCACUUUCCCUGCAGCCGACUUCUGGCUUUCUGAGCUUCUCCCACAUUUCUCCCCAAUCCCUUCUUUAGGAUUUCCCCAUUCUCUUCAGUUUUUGAAAUCACCUCACGCCUCCCUUUGAAGCCAUCAAGGCCGCACACCCCACACCUCGGUAACCCUCUUCACCGGCACAUUGACCUUCUUGGCUUCUUCCAUCCGCACGCCCACAUACUCGAAGAAAUAAGUUCUGCUGCACUUUCAAGUGGUCUUCUUGCAUCGAUUGUCAUGCUAGCAACCAGGUUUUCACUCACUUGCGAGGUGCACUCCAAUUCUAGGCGCCUCUCAGUACGGUGGAGAGAGGGAGGAGCGAAUCUGAAGGCUAUUUUGAGCCUACCAUCGGAGGUCAUGGCGGAAGACGACGAUGAGAGCUUCGGAGACUUCUCAUUCGCUCCUUAUCCUCCCAAACCCACCGUCGAUGCCCAAACAAAUGCCCCAAACCCACCGCUAACCGCCAUUGAUGCUGAUAACAAUUUGGAGGGUGAUGAGUGGGGACAUUUUGUGGAUGGGUCACAAGGAUCGAAUCUCUCAGAAGGACCCUCUCAACCCGACCCCUUUGCCGUCUUCUCCACUCACGGAUUUCAGCAUCCGACGCCAUCAACUCGGUUGCGUGAACAGGUGACGAGCCAAAUUAAGUCGCCUGAGACUCCUCAGUGGGUGAAGCCCACAGGCGCUUUGCCUCUUUCAUUGUUCGGAGAAGAAGAGGACGAUGAGAAACAUGUUAUGGGAGUGGAAUCUGCGCUUAUUGAAACUCAAUUUGCCAAGGAGGACACUAAUAAACUGAGCAAUGGAUCUAACACUGGUUCCAGCAUUGGACUGAACGAUAUUCUCGCAGACUUAUACAAUCACAGUCCGAAGUUUCAAUCUGGAAAUCCUGCUUCAAAUGCUAGCGUAUCUGGUAAUCCGAUCUUUAAUUUGGACUCAAGCAAGUUGGAUUUGACUGGGGGUUCGUCUGCCCGGGAGGAAGACUCAACUCCAGUUCAUAAUUUGGAUUGGAACUCAGCUAGGUCCGAAUCAAAUUCCCUAUCAGUUGGAUCGAUUUCUACUGAAAGCGGUAGGGAUUUGAAUAAAUUUUGUUCAGAACAGACAGGGUUUCAAUCAAAUAUGAGUGUCAAUGUAAUAGAAUUGAGUGAGAGGAUAAAUAGUGUGGAUGGAGUGCAUGGCCUGAAGAUAGAUGUUUGCAGCUCAGACACAAAUGCACCAAGUUACGGUGUCUGGGGACCUGACUUUGGUGGCUUUGGAUCAUCCCCUAAAACAUUGAAUUCAAGUUUUAGUAGGCUGAACUCAAAUUCAGAUACCACAGUUGCUUGUGAAAAGUCAGAUGCUAAAAACACUAAUAAUGAUUGUUAUGAUGAUGAUGAUGAUGAUGAUGGAUGGGAGUUCAAGGAAGCAUGUACUGAAGGAACGGAAAUGGGUACAAAAAAUAAGGCUGGCUCAGAAGCACAAGAAAUAUAUGGGACAAACACAUUACCUGUUUGCUUUAACAAUGGUUUAAACACACCACUUGAUUUGUUUCCGGUGCCAAAUAGUUCGGCAGAAGCUGAUUCUCUCACACACUAUAUGGGUGACAUGAAUACAUAUUCUAACGGGACUGAUACAUGUUCAAAUGGAGUGCUUCAAACAGACAUAAAGGGACAUGAUACUGGCACCAUCGUUCCAUACUCGUAUGGGCUUGAGAGUGUUUCAAACCAUUCAGCUGACCUAUUUUCUUUGUCCAAUAGAACGGACAUCGUGCUGCAAGAUACUGGUGACAUGCUGCCAUUAUCAUCGAAAUUUUCUAAUGGUUUUCUCAUGACAAAUGGGUCCGUAAAAGCUAAACCGGAGGAACAUGAUGCUGGUGAUUUGAAGGUCAAUUUGUCCUGGUAUUCCGGGGGUGCUAGUUCCUCGAUCGGUUUACUUACUGCAUCAGACGCAUCGGCCAAUUUGUUUACAACUACAAAUGCAUUAACUAGCAUUAUGCAUGAAUAUAAUGUUGAUAGCAGUACUAAGUCGAGUGCUUGUGCUCAAAACAACUUUGUUUCAGAUUUCUCUUUGACAUCUGAAAGAAGAGAUAGUAAUGAUGAUGAGUUUGGAGAAUUUACAUCUGCAUUGUCAGAUAGUGCAUCACCGCUAGAGGUGAACAUGUCAGGGUCUAUUUUUGAAGGAGCCCUGCCUUUCUCUGUACCUGGCAUUGAAGAGCUGGACGUUGAUGUCUCUUCUCCCAUCAAUGAUAGCUUUACGUGUCAUCAAAUUGCUAAAAAACCAGAACCCGCCAUUUCAAUCAACGAUAUUAUACCAAGUUUCUACAACCAAGUAGAGCACACCUCUUCUGUCAACUCCUUGGAAAAUCUUUCUAAUGUUGUAGAAUCCCCUUAUUUGGGUGACGUCUCUAAUUUGGUGAAUGGUGAAGACGUACUGGGUGAUGAACCGUGGGAGCCUAAAGGUGCCAUAACUCAAAGAAGAGCAGAAAGUGAGACAUGCAGUUUGGAUCAUGGAGAACCACUUCCAAGCAGUUUGACCAUAAGAAAGCUGGAUAGUUAUGUUGACUUCUAUUCAGAAUUAAAGAAGGAGUUAUGCCUUCACAGCAAACAUAACCUGCCGAAUCUUAAGGGCGCUCACAAGGAAUUAGACUAUGAAUAUUCUAUACGUGAAGGAGAUUAUUUAACAGUGCAUCCGUCCUGGGAGACUUGUUUUCAUGAGUUCAUUGAGGUUCUUAAGAAACCAAAAUUUCAAGUGCUAGAAUCAGAAUAUAACAUUUCAAGAAGGCUCUCACAAACGGAAAAUGAUUUUAGUUCAUCAGUUGAGCUUAUUAGCCAUGCUAGCAUAAUGCUGAAUCUUUUGACAUUGGUGUCAGUCAAGGACCAGCUGUUCUAUGUUUCAAUAUGGCACACAAUUUUAUCUGUUUGCACUCGAGAGUUGCAGCAUGGUACCAAUCUUUGGAAGCAGAUAUUGGAUAACGAUGCUCACAGUCAAGUAUUCUCCAAUACUAGAGGAAUGAAAUACAUUUUGGGCCUUGUUGAGAUUUACAAGGUUGCUGUAGUGCUUGAAGCUUCAGUCAAGCUUUACCAGCCAUGGACUUGGUUAAGUUCCGUUGAUUUCACAGGCAUCCGUUCUCUUCUAGAUGAGUGCCAUGCUCUAUGGUCUAGUUCAGGACUUGGGCAUGCUAUCUUGUCAUCAGAUCUUGAAUCUGCCAGCACCAUUGGACUGUGUCUUGACAAUAUCAAGUUUAUUCAUGAUAUUGAUGCAUACACUCUUCAAAAGCGUCUGUUCAGUCAAAAUGAUAUUACUUGUGGACUAUCACUCUUAACUUCAGAAGUGUUACAUGAAUUAGGAAUGAAGCUUGUCUUAUGGAAUGGAGAGCAUUACUUUGUCACACUUGCAAACAUCUGGGCAAAUCUCAUAAGCAAUGAUCCUCCCGAGUUGCCACCGCGUUUAUGUUUUGCGAGUUGAAAAAAUAAUCUUUCUUUGCAAAGCUACCCAAGUUUCUUUUAAGGAGUACAAUUCCAAGCAGAAAACUACUGUAUUGCAUCCUGAAUGAACUAGUGAAGUGUACGGUCCAAGGCUAUAUGCAACCUAGUCCAUAUUUAGGAAACAUGGUCAAAUAUUAGUGAAACGAAAGUACUUUUUUGUUCUAUAAAGAACUGUCAUUCUUUUCCAGGAUGUGUAGUUAGUAUUUUUUCUGAUGUAUUUGAUUUAUGUCCAUGUGGAUUCCGGGUUGUAUGAGAGUUUUUUUGCAAGUGUAAGUGAUAACUAUAGGUGUUCUUUUGUCAAAAAAGAAUAUAAAUAAAGCUUAAUAAACUUUCCUGUAACGGUCCGGGCUUUAGAUAAGCACACUUUCUCUUCUCCUUUUUAAUGUUUU